GUUUGGUACUGAUUAACCUCGUGUUAUGCUCCGUUGACGUAGAAUAAAAAUUAAUACAAUGGGCAAAAAUGGAAAAAGAGGAAGCGGCAAUUUAGGAAAAGCUUUAAUCAGGAAUCGUUUCGGUCCUUCAAAAAAUAGAAAAAAUGCAGAUUCGUCUAUGCUACAUUCCGCUAAUUUGAACGAUGGUUACGAUUGGGGACGUCUUAAUCUUCAAUCCGUUACGGAAGAAAGUUCUUUUCAAGAGUUUCUUUCCACUGCGGAGUUAGCGGGAACAGAGUUUUACGCUGAAAAAUUAAAUAUCAAAUUCGUUAAUCCAAAUAGCGGUAUUGGAUUACUUUCGAAAGAUGAAAAGGAAAAAAUGCUGGAGACACAAAGAAAAAAUAAAGCACUUUUAAAAAUACCAAGAAGGCCAAAAUGGGACAGUUCCACUACAGCUGACGUAUUGCAAAGCAAUGAAAGAGAAAAAUUUUUAGAGUGGAGGCGUUCGCUUUCUGUGUUGCAAGAAGUGGAAGGAUUACUGUUGACUCCUUAUGAAAGGAAUUUAGAGUUUUGGAGACAACUAUGGAGAGUAGUGGAACGCAGUGAUGUUAUUGUACAAAUAGUAGAUGCAAGGAAUCCAUUGAUCUUUCGUUGUGAGGAUUUGGAGGCAUAUGUUAAAGAAAUAGAUCCCAAAAAGAUGAACAUGAUUCUGAUUAAUAAAGCAGAUUUCUUAACAGAAGAACAGAGACAAACAUGGGCAAAGUAUUUUACAGAUAUUAAUUUGAGAGUUGCAUUCUUUUCUGCUACAUUAGCAGCUGAAAAGCAAAAGAUUGAAGACUCUAUAGAGGAAGAAAAUUCUGAAGGUGAAGAAGAUAGCGAAGAAGAGGAUAAUGAUGAAAAUAGCAAAAAUGAUGACAGUGAUCAGUCAUUGCAUAGUUCAGAAUAUUUUUCAGAAAGUGAAUAUGAAAGUGCAGAUGAUGGGAGUAAUUUUAACACCAACAUGGAAUAUGUAAAUAAAAGUUCUAAAAUAGAAAAUGAAGAAGAAAAAAAUUCUAAAGAUAAUGAAUACAGCUUAGAAGAAUUAAAACCUCCAAUAGAGGAAAUAGAUGAACAAAUUACAAAGGAGGAUGAUACAAAGGUGGAAAAUUCAUCAGAAUUAUUAUCCAGAGAUCAAUUAGUAUCAUUUUUUAAAACAGUUUACAAAGGUGAAACAUACACAAAAGGGGUUACAACUAUUGGAUUAGUAGGAUAUCCAAAUGUAGGAAAAAGUUCCACAAUUAAUGCUCUAUUAAUGAACAAGAAAGUAUCAGUAUCUGCAACACCAGGCAAAACAAAGCACUUUCAAACAUUGUUCUUGGAUAAGGAUCUACUUUUAUGCGAUUGUCCUGGCUUAGUAAUGCCUAGUUUUGUUAGUACAAAAGCUGAAAUGAUUUUAAGUGGAAUAUUACCAAUUGAUCAAAUGAGGGACCAUGUACCUCCAGUUACGUUACUGGGUAGUUUAAUACCAAGACAUGUUAUAGAAGAUCUUUAUGGUAUUAUGAUACCUCUACCACCAGAAGGAGAAGAUCCCGAUCGUCCUCCAACAGCGGAAGAAAUUUUAAAUGCUUAUGGAUAUAAUAGAGGUUUCAUGACACAGAAUGGGCAACCAGAUAAUGCACGGUCAGCUCGAUACCUUUUAAAAGAUUACGUAAAUGGUAGAUUGUUAUAUUGUGUUGCACCACCAACAUUAGAACAAGAGAAGUUUCAUAUAUUCCCUUUGCGGAGAAGAAUUGUUUCUAUAAAUAAACAUAUACCAGCCAGAACUAUUCGCGCCAAUAGAGGAAGUAAAGUCACGUCCGAGGACGUGGACAAAGUAUUUUUUCAAAACAAUUCUCCAAAUGUACAUGUAAAGGGAGUGAUUGGGAAAAUGCACGGUUUGUCCCGUUCUGGUUCUAACAUUGCAGGAUCGGUGAAUGGUUCCACACAGAGUUUGUUGCUUGAAGAGAAACCGUGGAAAAAAAUCAAUAAACAUUCAAAUAAAAACAAACGCGAGAAAACAAGAAGAUUAUACGCCCAUCUUGAUCAACAUUAAUUUCACGAAUAUGUAUUACUGUAUCGUAUGAAUUGAAGGCCUUUUCACUAUAUAACAGCGGAUCGUAUUUUGUAAUAUACAAAUCUCUGAGUUUAUAAACGCACCAGAGACUCAUAUCGAUUCUACGUACCAUAAAUACAUUCUAACAAUAAAAUACAUACACAUAUAAGAAUAGUUCACUGUUGUACUUAUAUGCGUAUAUAUUAUAAAAUUAAAAUUUUCA